UAUCAGGCAGUGGCUAACAGACGGCAGCACAGGAGCCUCAGAUCAAGACGUAAAACAAACCUUCAAGUGGAAAAUAUUCAUAUUCUCUUCCUGGAGUUCUUCUUCUCUGAUGUUUCAGGGCCUGGAUUGCGAAGAAACCAACAAAUUUUUACAUCUAUGAUUAUCAAGAGUCCGUUUUUAGCUUUCUCUGAAACUCAUAGAAAGUCCUUAAGUCGAGUCUCUCCUGGGAACCUGGUGUCACAUUUUCCCAUCUUUUCAUCAAAAGUUCCUCAUGGCUCAGUUCAGCUCCUGCCAACAGCCAGACCUGUCAAACCGAGCCGUCGUCUACAGCCCGGUAGCCAUAUGUUCUGAUACGGAUGGCCAGAGUCCCAGAGGGGCUGAGGGGGAGGUGGGGGAAUAUGAAGAUGUGGAACUAGCAGAGGAGGUGGAUGAAGAUGUCCUGAUGUUAGCUGCGGUAUGGCAGGAGGAGGCGGAGCACGUGGCGGACGAGCCCAGAGAACAAAGUCAGAAUGAGGAAGAGGAGGAACACGGAAAUAAGGGACCUGAAGAUCAGGAAGAGUUCGAUGGACAAUGUCAGACCCUCUCUGAUAAUCCAGGUUCUUCUGUAGCAGCAGAGGUUAAUCGGGUUAGCCAUCAAGUCAUCCACAACCUAAACGAAACAGAACAAAGAAUAGAAACAGAUCCAAUAUCAGAGGCAAACAGCUGGGAUCCCAGUCCCAAAGACGCCUGUGAUGCCUGUCUGGCCCGAUCUGGUGACGGGACAAACGGUUCUGUUUGGAGACUUUCUGAAAACACAACCCAACACCCCAACGAUGAAGAAACAGAUAUGAAGGAGAACCUCGCACCGGAUAGUGAUGACUGCUUAGAUCAGACCAUAGUUAAUGGGGCAGUGAAGGGCAUCAUCGGCACUGAAGGGGAUCCGCCUGGGAAUGACCACUUCUUGGAUCAAGAUAAUGACAAGGCCCCAGUUAUUGGUGCGAUGAAGGAGACCAUUGGCACUGAAGGGGAACCAUCUGGGAGUGACGACUUCUUAGAUAUAGUGGCAGACCAGACCAAAGUUAUUGGUGCGAUGAAGGAGAGCAUUAGCGCUGAUGGCGAUCCAGGCCUGAGAAAUGACGGCUUACAUGUAGGGGAGGCCUUUCAAUGCGACCAGCUAACAUCUAACCAUCAAGACCAAGAUGGACAGAAAUGCUUUGACCUAAUAAUAAACAUGUUUCCAGUAGAACAGCAUAUAUCUACUGAGAAGCAGAACAAGGAGAUAAAGGUCCAGGAGGGCAGUAAAAACCCCAUAUCUGUUUCUCCUGAUGACCACUCUGACGAGGAUUCGAAGGCAGAACGUGAAAUGUGUGAAGAGAAGGACGCAGAAACAUCGGCCCCUUCAACCGUCGAAAAACGGUCAGAGAGUGAGGAUGAUGAGGUAGGAAUAGGAGCCAGGAUUAGUCAGGAGGAACGACAGCAUGAAGCUGACGGUACGAAGGACGAUGUAGAUGCCAGUCUGAUGUUCCAUGAAGUUAUCAGAGAGUUAGCAUUUCAAGAAAACCAUGAAGGAAGAGGUCUUUCAGAGGAACAGAAAGAGACGUUUCUUCAGCUUGGAGACUCGUCUACAGAAGGUCCUUCACAAACCAAUGAGCAGCAGGUGAAGGAUGAUCCUGUAGGUGGUGAUGUUAUGGAGAAGGAAGCACCUCAGAUGGAGAGAAACACAGAAGUCCCAUUAAAAGGAAACACUUCUACAACAGAUAUACCAGGGAGAGCAGAGGAGUACCCAUCACAAGGUCUCAGAAAGUCAGAAAUAGAUCAGACAGACAGGCUACAGGGUGGUGAAGAUGAGACGGAGAUAGAGCAAGAACGAGCUACAGGAGGAGAAGGGCAGCUGGCAGAGGAACCGGUCACUGUGUUAGACGAUGAUGUGGUAGAGACCACCGCAAUCCCAAGCAGUCAGGAUGUGAAUAGGCCAUUUAGCACAUCGAUGGAAGGCGAGGAGAGUCAAGACAUCCAAGAAGAGACGGUGGAUGCUGGGAAUGGAAACAAGGAAAAUCAAGAAGAAAAGGGUAUACAGCUCGUCAUCAAGGAUGGAGAGGAAGAGAAAUCAAAUGAGAACGAAAUGAAUGAUGAUGGAGAGAAAUGUUUAGAGAAGGAUGGAGAAGGUCAAGGGCUGGGGCAAGAGAAUCGGACUGUAGGGGUUCAACCGCAACCUCUUUGGAAAGAGGGAUGGAGGAAACCCAAAGUGGUAUCUGCCACGAGAAAAGAUGAUGGCUGGAUUAAAAGAGACCAACCAGGUGAAGGGAAUGGAGAGGAAGCGAAGGACUGGAGGAAAGAGUUGAGGCCUUUUAGGAAAACCGGCCGCGGGAAUGAGAGGAGAGGCCAAGAAUGGAGGAUUAAGGAACCUUUGCAGGAACAGAGAUGUUCAGUGGAGAAGGAGGACUGGAUAAAAGAGUUAAAGUCCGUCAUCAAAGACGAGUCCCAGUCCAGAAGAAAAGACGACCAGGUGAAGAAGAAGCGGGUGGUGCUAAUGGAGGACGGACAUUCCUACACGCCGCAGCGCGAGGAGAUGAUUCUGGAGGAGCGAGAGGAGGUCCUGAUCUUCCCCAGGACUGUGGAGGGCCCGGAGUGUCCUGGACACAGGGACAGCAGAACCCAUCAGGAUCAAGACCAUGAGAUCUGUCUUUAUGUGAAGGCAGGAAGCGAUGGAGAGAGCAUCGGGAACUGCCCCUUCUCCCAGAGAAUCUUCAUGAUCUUAUUGCUGAAAGGCGUCGUCUUCACCGUCACCACGGUGGACGUUAAGAGAAAACCAGCCAACCUGCAGGACCUCGCUCCAGGGAUCAACCCUCCUUUCAUAACCUUUAAUGGUGAGGUCAAGGUUGACGUUAACAAGAUGGAGGAGUUCCUGGAGGAGAAACUGGCUCCACCUCGGUACCCCAGACUAGCUCCCAAACAUCAUGAAGCCAACACAGCAGGAAUCGACAUCUUUGCCAAGUUUUCUGCUUACAUCAAAAACCCAAGAAGAGACACCAACGAUGCCUUAGAGAAAGCCUUGCUAAAGUCGCUUCGUCAUCUCGAUGACUUCCUGAGGACGCCCCUGUCAGAGGAGAUUGAUGCUGAUGCAGCUGGUGACCUGCCGGAGUCAUCCAGGAACUUCCUGGAUGGGCCUGAUCUCAGCCUCGCAGACUGUAACCUGCUACCUAAGCUGCACAUUUUAAAGGUUGUGGUGAAGAAGUAUCGUGGUUUGGAGAUCCCUGCAGAGAUGACUGGCGUGUGGAGAUAUUUGACCUGUGCCUACCAAAGGAAAGAGUUUACCAGUACCUGUCCUGCAGAAAGGGAGAUCGAGUUCGCCUACCUGGAUGUCGCAAAACGAAUCAAAUAAAAGGACAAAGUUGCUGUGAAGAAAACAAACCCAAACUUUUCUCUUAAAGAAGGAAAAGAUCAACUCAAGAAAUUCACAAUGUGACCCACCUUCUGGAAUUAGCUAGUUUGCUUUAGAUUCAACCUCAAGGAAGAGGAGUCCACGUAUAUAGCCAUGAUCUGAUAGGAAAUUAUACGUUUUACGUAGAGACGGAGAUUUACUGAACGUUAUCUACGAUGGAGUAUUAGGGCAAGGCAAAAAAAA